AUGGCUUCAUCGAUACGCGUAACGCCUUUGUACGGAGCGCACACGUCCGCACCGCCGCUCUGCACAGUGCUCGAGAUCGACGACGGGGUUUUUCUCCUGGACUGCGGGUGGAACGAUCGCUUUGAUGUUGCUCUUCUGGAACCACUUCGGCCGGUCAUUACUCGUGGUAUUGAUGCGGUUUUCCUGACGCAUCCCGACUUGGCUCACUUGGGUGCGCUGCCGUACCUCGUGGGGAAGCUCGGCCUCCCAGCGAGCGUACCCAUCUAUGCAACAACACCAGUGCAGAUCCUAGGGCAGAUGUUUCUUUACGACGCACACCAGCACCGGUACUACGGUGAAGACUUUGAAACCUUCACCCUCGAUGACGUCGAUGAAGCCUUCGAACGGAUGCGCCCUGUUAAGUACCAGCAAGUCAUUGAGCUCGCUCAGAACGUUUUCGCUACGGCGUAUCCCGCGGGACACCUACUCGGUGGUGCGAUAUGGAAAUUCCAGAAAGAGUCCGAAGAGAUCGUUUACUGUGUGGAUGUCAACCAUCGGAGGGAGCGCCUGCUGAACGGCUGCGCCUCCACGCCGCAGUUGAUCACCAAACCGAGCCACCUCAUUGUGGGCGCAAGCGGCGUACUCACUGCUCCAUCCCAGAAGAAAGAAACAGACCUGUGGGAGGCAGUUGUCGAAACGCUACGCGGAGGCGGGGACGUGCUCAUGCCUGUGGACUCUGCUGGUCGUUGUCUGGAGCUCUUGGUAGCCGCUGAUGAAUUCUGGACUGCACACCCGGAUGUUGCUGCGCUCUAUCCGGUGGUGUUUGCACAACACGUUGGUAUCCACACCAUUGAAUUUGCCAAAUCACUGAUUGAAUGGAUGAGCGACGCGGUGGUGAGUGCCUUUGAUAGCAGGCGCGAGAAUCCUUUCCGCUUGCGACACGUGCAGGUUGUUCACGGGCUGGAUCAGGCCGAUGCCUUGCCGAGUCCCAAAGUCGUCAUGGCACCGUUGCCGUCGCUUGACUAUGGAUUCUCGCGUGUUCUAUUCUUACAACGGAUUGCAGCGGAUCCACGCGCUAUGGUGCUGAUGAGCGAUCGCCUCGAGUCGGGCACGUUUGCCUUUCGCUUGGCAGUGGAGAAGGAGAAACUGCGUGUGCGUGAACCGCUCACGUAUGCUGAGCGGGUUCCACUCCAGGGCGAGGAGCUUGAGCGAUGGCAACGGGAGCAAGAGAAAGCCCGUUUUGUCGGAGCAGAAGUUGCUCUGGAAAGCGCUGAGAUGCCGAUGGUAGCUCCGACGGCCGUCGCCGAGAAGUUGCGUGGCGGUCGGGUCGUUAGCUCGGGCCCGCUCGGCGAGGCGCUUGUUGCUGGUGAUGCAGCCCAGCUCCAUGAGGCGCUUGGUCCGGAUUUUCCCGGAGUCGCCGAAGAUGAGGAAGAGGAUGAUGUGAAUCAGCGGUACCAAGCUCUCGUUCAGGCUGGUCUGCUGCUACCGCAUGUGGAGCCCGAGCCACCGCCCCACGAUGCGUACGGGGAGGUCAUCGAUCCUGCUAGGUACAUGAUCGGAGAGGACCCCGGUGACCGCACCAUCGACGGUGACGCGUUUGAGGGCCUCGCGAAGAGCGCGGACAACGCAUUCAGUCGUCAUGCGCCUGACCAAGGUGAGCCGAUGGACCUCGAGCCGCACAAAACUGACAACAUCGACGGGUUCCACGACGAGCGCAUGGCGACAGCUCCGUCGCCAUCUGUGUCCCCGUCUGUGCGACCAGAGAGAACAUCGGCUGAUGCUCCGGGGAGUUAUCACCGUCGCGAUCGUUUCCGGAGCUCCGCCCACGACAACGAUGCGGCUGUUGCGGAUUCGACAACGAGUCGAGCGCUGGAAACGUUGCCCACGAAACUCGUUCGCUAUGUCGUCAAUGACCUAACGAUUCGGUGCGCGGUUCGCAACUUUGAUAUGGCCGGGCUUGCUGAUGGCCGUUCCUUGCGUCAACUUAUCGUCAGUAUGGCACCUCAGCGAGUGAUUAUCAUUCACGGAAGCGAGCGCGAAACGGCUGCGCUCACCGAGUACCUGGGCAAGAAGAACUUUACGCGUUUAUACGCGCCACGUGCGCGCGAGAUGGUCGAUGUCUCGUCGGACACGUCGGUAUACCGGAUCAAACUCGAUGAUUCACUGCUGCGACGUUGCUUCUGGCGGCGGAUGCAGGAUUACGAACUGGCCUGGUUUGAUGGCUAUAUCCAGACCGAUCCCGACGGCCAGCUACGCCUGGUAUCCGUCGAGCGACAGACGGAGCAGGAGCAGCAGCUCCCCGAAGGCACGGAGUCCGGAGUCGAUGCAGCCUGGUUGGCAGCGAAGACAACAGACGCAGCCUCUGCAGCGACAGCGCUAGUCGAUGGCGAUCGCACGGCUAACACGACGACGUUCGCGCUCGUAACAGAAAGGACGCAGGUCGGACACCUUAAUGUUUUCGUCGGAGAUUUGCGACUUUCCGAUUUGAAGGAAAUCAUGACCAAAUCGUUGAUGCCGGCGGAGUUUGCCGGUGGGGCGCUUUGCGUCGAGAACGAUCGGCCUCCGAGUAUUGUGCUCGUUCGGAAGCGUCAGCACGAUUUGGUGAUUGAAGGAUCACUCAGCGCAGAGUACUUUGACGUUCGCGAUCUGGUCUAUUCACAGUACAUGAUUCUGUGA